UCAAAAUUCAAAUAUGGUCCUCCCUCAAUUUAAGUCCAAACAAGGACGGAUGAAACGACGUGACAACAAUGAAAAUAAUUGUUUGAAAAAUGCAUGCAACGCAUCUCAAUUUCCCACUAUAUAAAUAAGUACCAAAAUUCGAUUUUAUUCUUCACACAAAUUCCUUAUUCCUUUGCUCCCAAAUUCAUGGGAAAUUACAGAUCAUGCGAGUCAAGAUCCACUCUCACAGCAAAACUAAUCCUCGUCGGCGGCCAACUCCAAGAAUUUCUAUGGCCGGUUAGGGUUUCGCUAUUGCUGCCGCGAGAUUCCGAUUGCUUCAUAUGCAGCUCCGACGAGAUGGAAUUCGGCGAGUUCCCGGCCGCGAUGGGCGGCAACGAGGUGCUGCAGCCGGGGGAGAUCUAUUUCGAGCUGCCGCUGGCGUGGCGGAACGUGCGCCUGCAGGCGGAGGACAUGGCGGUGUUGGCCUUGAAAGCGAGUGUAGCUCUGGCGAGUAAGGCUAGAGAUGAUGAUGAUGAUGAUCGGAUUAUAAGUAGCUGCUGCUGUUGUUUCCGAAUCCGAUCGAGACGAGCUGAACCGGCGGCGUUGUUUUGUGAGAAGGAGAUGCCGCUCCUCGCCGGAGAUCAGGGCGGCAGAAGGGGCCGAGGGAAGGGCGGAGCUGGGGCCGCCCCAAACAAGUUUGUUGCAAAGCUUACUGCAAUACUUGAAGAUUGAAAAUGUUGGGUUGGUACAAAGUCUUGAGAUUUAAUUGUUUGUUAUUUUAGGGAGUUUGUAAGUUAUUUCAAUAUCAAGGAUGAAUAUUACUCAUUCUUGAUUUCUUGCAUGAAUUGGCUGCUUCUAUAGUUUUUCUUGUGGAAGAAGUUGAUAGAUCUUCUUUUAAUUUUUUGUUUUCUAACUUUGUGAUCCUCGAAAAAGAUCUAUGCUAUAAAUAGAUUAUAUAUAUUAUCAAAUUAA